AUGGAGGGAAGAGGAGCUGUGUCAUCUCCUUGUGUCUUUCUUGAGCCGACGAAUUCCGGUGUUCGUGUUGAUCAUCAGUUUCACCAUGCCUCAGCCAUCAAGUGGCUAAACGCAGCGGCAAAAGUCGUCCAUAUCUUAUCGUGACUCUCAAAGCCAUGGUCAAGGCUCAAGCUGUCGAUCAGCAAUCGAUAAGAACUUGGCGAUAGAAAAUAUGAGAGAACAUCAUGAAAAACACCACAACACAGCCUGUCUAACAAUCUCCAACUCAACUUCACAAUCUCUCGGUGGCUCACGGCCUCGUUAUAUAAUUCUCCCCCUUGGACCUCUUGGAACCGGCACAGGACCACGUCGGCGUAUUUGUCGUCUUGUGCCGGUCCAGACAGGGUAUUAUCCGCCACGAUGUCCUGCGACAUUGCAAGUCGUGCUCUUAUUCCUGUCACUAUCCAACUCUCAAGUCCCACUGUUCCUCCACUCUUUGCCGGUCCCUCUCUUAUGCCGUGGAAGUGCGCAUCAGCAUCUUAUGAGGCUCUGCCCAAACCUCCUCGCUUGCCUAUUUCCAUUAGCCCAUCGAUUCCAGUUGUUCACGCCAUGUAGGCUCCGCCAUCAUUUCACAAUUUCGUCUUUCUCGUUCGUCUUGUUCUUGAUCGCGUUUCAUUGCAGGUGGAAUGCCUCUUUCUAUUCCGGUUUUCUUGUCAAACACAUUGGCUUGGCUUGUUUGUAAAAAUGUACAGUUCCGGCCCGGCCCUAUACCCGGGAAUAUUUGUCUGGUCCUCUAGUUGCUUCGUGCACCUCCCUUCGACUCCCUCAACUCGUCCAUCUUGGCGACUCGCUUCUUGAACUCGACGUACUGGCACUUCUCGUAGCUAUGUCGCUCAUCCUAGUCAAUCCCUCUAGCGUAAGCAUGGUGUUUUAUUGAUAUUGGCAUUGAUAUCUCGGUAAUGAUCGGCUUUUUGUUGGGCUGAAGCUUGGCUGGGCUGAGCUCGGUGUAGCCGCGGACUUGGGCUUCCUUGGGCUCAAGCUCUGGAAAAAGGCAAUUGACUUACCGAGCACUUCCAAGGGGCGUACCAAGUAUCCCUUCGGCACUUGUUGAGAGGAAUCAAGAGGUGAGCGCAGCUGUCUCGGUAGGCCAGAGGGAGUUUGGCAUCGCGCAUCUCCUCGCGGGUCGCUUCUGCUCAGCAAGUCAGCGGUCGAUAUUCGGUAGGGAAAAGUCGCUCGAGUGUCAAUUAUCGGGUCGGUACGUACGCCGCGGCUCGGUGAUAGCGUCGGAAGCCAUGGUUGCUGAUCAAUUGGACUUCGAGAUGUGAGGUUGUCUUGGAUUGGCAGAGCUGUCGUGAGAUGCUCUUUCGGUUCAAGGUCGGAAGCGUCGGUUUGUGCCUUGUAUUUCCGGCAGAAAUGAAUUUCUGUCCAAUGAACACUCGUGAAUUACCACGCCGACUUCAAAUCACCAUUUCACCUCCUACAGCAUUAAUUCAAUGAAGAUGCUGCUUGAACUUUCCAGUCAAUUCUGUUCCAAACAUAGUCCUGCCUUUCAACUCGUAGCCUUCGUUGCGAGCCUGAGAUGAUCACAACUUCAAGCUCAUCCGUGCCGGAGAUAGUGGGGCCGGGUCACCACCGGCUCCGGACCUGCACCUCGGUGAAGAGACGAACAGUUAAUCAGCAAGACAAUUGCACAAUGCCCUUCAUCAUCUUUUUCUAAUCUCUUGUUUUAUUCCUCUUAGACUUAAUCCAGUCACGAUAUUCUACGGAACACCUGUGGUCAACUAGCAUGUUGGCAUCUGGCACUUCAUCGCCGACAGUUGUUCGACCGACGCUUUGACUUACAGUUCUCAAGGCACGACAAGGAUCUCAGGCCCAUCAAAAUGUCCAGGCUUCUGAAAUCUUUCAUUGAAACUCAAGUACUCUUCGGUAGACCUAUCAGAAGCACCGUCAGUUCACCUGGGAUGAAGCCCAUUCAACAUUCCUCGAAAACUGCUUAAGCGUGCUGAAGGAAAGCAAACCUAGUACCUCGAGGUCUUGAUCACGUAAGAACAACACGAUAUCAGCGCAUGCCCAGCUUUGACGAAGCCCAAAGACAUCACAAGGCCAUAUCCCAGCCCUCCACUCUUGAGUUGAUAAAGUCGUGAUGCUAUAACCUAUGCCGACAAAGGCCGAUUCUUGAUCUGUCACUCAUCAAUCACGCCAGUUAUAUUAUUGAGAACAAAUCUUAUUAUACAUAUUCCCACGCGAAGGCUAUUGGCUUUAUGCAAAGCACCGCGAGACACUAUAGCCGAUGUUUUAUAGACUACUAAUAAUGCUGUCAUAAUCACGAGACAGCCCUUCAAGUCCAAUGAUGCCACUCCAAGCCCUCACGAUACUCAUAUCCGACUUGAGGUCCUUCAGCAUCGAUCAAGUAUCCGUACUCGCAACGAUCAAACCUAACCUUUACCUGCUCCUUAUAAAAGGCGUUAAACUUUGCCUGAAGAGCAUCCUUUAAGCUCGUCACACCACCUUCUGGGUGCAGGAUCUUCCAUGGUUCAAUGCACGUGUUGCCUUUACAAGACUUCAACACGAGCAUGAGAGCAUCCAGGCGAUUGAGGACCUGUCGGGCAGUCGUUCCUAACAGUGCUGAAUCGGCAGUUGUGUCAUCGUGAGGGAACAGGCUCUUCAACUGUCCUGGGUCGGUCUAAUGGGGGUUAGCAUCAAGCCAGUCAACAGCACUGAGAUAAACAUACCUUGAGGUCGUAGAGUUCGUGCUCGUUGUUACACCAAGCCGAGUAGUAAAGAUUGUAGUCCUCAUGCACUAUUCUCACGCCCUUAUAUGUAUUAUUCUGCGCGAAAAUCUGUCCCUUGCCAUCUGUAGCACGCCGUCAGCAAAUUGAAUUAGCAUCCAAGGUAGACCGAGCAUACCAAAACCGCCAAUCUCGCCUUCAGCGAUAGCACCGCCCCAGUACUCAACCGCUACGUGCUCGUGUCGUUUGUUCUCCUGAGUGGGCAACACAGGGAUAGGAGUUCCGUCAAAGUCGCUGCGAAG